AAAGCCCAUGGCAAAGGAGGAAUUACGCGAACGAAAGAAGAAGAAUGGCAACCAUGAUGACCAGCAACUUUUCAGGAUGUUUUUCGUCUCAAUGUAACGAACCAGCCGUAGACUGGAUGGCAGAAGAACAUACUACUGGUACCACCAUUGCUGCUGUUGAAUUUGAUGGUGGAGUUGUUAUUGGAGCUGACUCGAGAACCACGACUGGUUCCUACAUACCAAACCGUGUGACAGACAAGCUGACGAAAGUGACGGAUUACAUUUACUGUUGUCGAUCCGGAUCUUCGGCCGACACCCAGGCUGUGGCGGACAUUGUCAACUACCACCUGAAUUUUUACAGAAUGGAGAUGGGGGUGGAACCAUUAGUGCACACAGCAGCCACCGUAUUUAAGGAUCUGUGUUACGAAAACCGAGACAACAUCACAGCUGGCAUCAUUGUGGGCGGCUGGGACAAGUUAAACGGUGGCCAGGUGUUCACUAUACCACUGGGCGGUAUGUUGGUUCGACAGCCGUUUGCAAUCGGUGGAUCGGGCAGCACCUUCCUGUACGGUUACGUGGACUCGCAGUUCAAGCACAGCUUCUCAAAAGAGGAAUGUCUACAGUUUGUAGCCAAUGCGAUAUCUCUAGCAAUAAACCGUGACGGGUCCAGCGGUGGGAUUGUGCGGCUCGCCUGUAUAAACAAAGACGGGGUGGAGCGCUUUACACUGACCGGCGAACAGAUCCCCAAGUUUUAUGAGAGACAUUAAUACGCAAUCUCGUUUAGUGUGUACACAGUUUGACACGACACUAGACAGUUGUUUUCAUCGGAUGUUUUGGAUUCUCAUCUUCACUGUUUGCCCAUUUCUCAGAAUAUGUGUGGACCUUUUGUCAAUACUUUUGUUUUUGUUUGUGGCAACCAGGCCUGGUGCUUAUAAAAUGUUUAGAGUCUAGACUCGAGACUCUAAUAGAGUCUGAGACACUAAUGUUAUGACAAUGCCACACAAAUUGUAUGUGUGUGACGUCAUUAUUAGAGAUUGAGUCUGGACUAUAAACGUUUUAUAAGUACUCGCCCAGGUCCUUAGGAACAGUAUCUACAGUUGUGGAUGGGGUCAGCAGAAAUGAAAUUUGUCUGUGGAUGUCUUUUAACAUGAUUUUCUAGCAUUUCUAGAAUAAAAUAGCAAUGUUUUGUUGUAAGUGCUACUAAGUAUUGUGGUUCAUAUCACAGUCAUUUGUCACCUGUAUGUAAUAGGAUUAACUAAGAUUAACCUUUGACAUUGACUGAAAUUGACAAGAUUUAAUCACAUACAAUAUUUAAGUAAAACUGCAAUGGAUGUCAGUGUGAAGCCAAAACAAAAUUGUCAAAAGAUUUUGCAUCUUUUGUUUCUAAAGGAUUUUUGCUAUUGGUUUCAAGUAUGAACUGUUUUGAAAAUGGGGAAAACAUAUUCAUUUCAUUAAAGAAUGCCAUUAAUC